GAACGGUGAGUGACGUAAAAGCUAUGCGCCUAUGACAUAUAUUUAUUUGACAGAUAUCAGCAGCCCUGUAACGCUGCAUGGUGGAGUAUUUGUGCAUUCAUGUCGUUUAAUAAGUCACUUUAUAACCUCUGGUAGCUCACUGUAGUGUUCACAGCUUUGGCUUGCUGACGUUAGCUGUCCACCGUGUUAAAGUACGUGAGCUCGGUGCAUGUAGAGUUAAAGCUAAACCCACAGAGGACACAAACAUGGCUUAUACGCAAAUACUGAAAGCUCUGCAUCGGAGUCUGCAGCAGACAGUGACGCAGCACACCGUGCAGAAGUGCCUGCUCAUUCACACACACAGGACAGCGUCCACAGUAUCCAGACUGACCUUCCACAGAAGCGCCGAGGCUCCUUCGUGUGUCACACCGGCUGUGAGCUGCUUCUUUCGGGCACAGGGACUCCGCGGUUUCUCCCUCGACUCCACGGUCAGGAAUAAAAGCAGCCCCGAAGACAGAGACAAGUCAGUGUCCAGGUUUCAGAGUGGCAGCCCAAAGCCCUCAGGUGCACAGAAAGUGAAAGAAGCGGGCAGAGACUUCACCUACUUGAUAGUUGUCCUCAUCGGGCUUGGAGUGACAGGUGGGCUGCUGUAUGUGGUGUUUCAGGAGCUGUUUUCUUCCUCAAGUCCAAAUAAAAUCUAUGGAAAAGCCUUCAACAAAGUCAAGUUAGACCCAGAGGUGAUUGGUGCAUUUGGGGAGCCGAUCAAGUGUUAUGGGGAGACUACCCGUCGAGGAAGGAGACAGCAAGUCAGACAUAUGGAGUACCUGAAGGACGGACUGAAGCAUAUGCAGCUUAAGUUUUACAUCGAGGGCUCUGAGCCUGGCCUCAAAGGAACUGUGCAUUCAGAGUCAAAAGAGAAUCCUGAAACAGGAAAAUAUGAGUUUCGAUACAUAUUUGUGGACAUAGACACCUAUCCAAGACGGACCAUCAUUGUGGAAGACAACCGACAGAUAAUGGACUCACAAGUGUCGAUUCACUGAAAACGCACUGUGUGUUUGUGUAAUUGCACAAAUGGCUGUACAUUUAACUUUGAUUUACUAUUAAAAGCUGUUAUGUUAAACAUCGACUGUUUUGGCUACUACAAUAUACUGCCUAGCAUUUUGGUGAAGAGCUUUGCAAAGCAGUCACUCUCACAGAAAAUGAUCAUUGACUGUCUGUGUUAUUGUUUCAUAAAUUUCAAGUUUUGACUAAAGCACUAUGGGAUGGCUUGAAUCUUGAAAUAACUUGUAAUCAAAGGUGCUUUUGAAUUGUAAUAAAAUGUUUGUUAUCCAGAGGAACAGACGCAACAAAAAUACAGUAUCCGUGCAGUCUUUUUUUUGUCUUGAGCAGAAACUAUGAUUGAUCUUUCACAUUUAUUGAAUUGAAUUUUCUGAAUUAUUUUUAACCCUUCAAAGGUGUUUGUUGUUUGUGUGUUUGUACAGCCAAGGCAAGUCAAUUUAGAGAUCUUGAAAAUGAUUCCUUGUGUUGUGCUUAGUAAUGAACUCAGUCACAUCCACCUCCUCUGUAUUCUGCUAGGUCUGCUUUUCAGUUCAAUUUCCAUAUUUACACAGUUGCCCAUUAAAGUUGGAAUAAUUUUGUCUUCAGACACAUUCCUCUGUGUAUUCCUAUUUAUACACAUCAGGUUAAUUGUGGUUUAGUAGUCAGAGAUUUAUCAAUAACGUUUAGAGAAGAUACACUUUAUCUAUCAAGAACACAUUGCA